AUGGCUUCUAUUUCAAUUUCAAUUUUUUUAAUUUUUAUUUUUUCUUCUAUUGCAAAUUUACAACAAAUAACAACUACAACCAUUGGAAAGACGACUAGAACCUUUACAAUAGACAAAGAAGCCAAUGUUUUUUUAAUGGAUGGAAAACCGUUUCGUUAUAUUUCUGGAGAAAUCCAUUAUUUUCGGAUAUGUUUAAAAAAAUUUUUGGAAUCACCCAGAAAGCCGAACCAAAAGGCCCCAACCAGUUGGCCAACACCCUAUUGAACAAAUUCCCCCAUAGGACAACUCCAAAUAUUUGGGCAGAUAAAGUUGAGGGAAGACCUUCGGGGCCCGUAGAAUAAAUUCGG